ACCCAAGUCUCCCUAGUCCUCAUUAAAAAAAAAAAAACACCUAUUUCUUCCUCACACCUCUUCAAGCAGCCUGCUUGUUUUGAAACAACUUCGUGGGUUUCACAGAGGAAGAAGCUCUCAAAGAGAGACAGAGAGAUGGGAAGGGCUCCUUGCUGUGACAAGGCUAACGUGAAGAAAGGGCCAUGGUCACCAGAAGAGGAUGCAAAGCUUAAAGAGUAUAUAGAGAAGCAUGGGACAGUUGGAAAUUGGAUUGCUCUUCCUCAAAAAGCUGGUCUUAAAAGAUGUGGGAAAAGCUGCAGAUUAAGAUGGCUUAAUUAUCUCAGACCCAACAUCAGGCAUGGAGGAUUUUCUGAUGAUGAAGAUAGGAUAAUUUGUAGACUCUAUGCCAACAUUGGAAGCAGGUGGUCAAUAAUAGCAGCUCAGUUGCCAGGCAGGACUGAUAAUGAUAUCAAGAACUAUUGGAACACAAAGCUCAAGAAGAAGCUUAUGGGGAUGAUGAUUCAUCCUUCUCCAGCAAAAUUACCCCACCAAUUAGCUACAAGUUUUUCUUCUUUUCUCCAUCAAGCUUCGUCAUCACCAAUUACUGCAAUAUCAUCAUCACCAUCAUCUUCAUAUACCCUAGCUAGGUCUUUCAGUGAAACUAUUCCAUUUUCAAGUCCUUUGAGUAACCAUAAUAAUAAUAAUCACAACAACUCCUUCACUGCUACUGCUACUACACCCAUCCUUCAACCCCAAGAAAGCAGCUUUGUCGUGGCUGCUUUGCAGAAUUAUCAAAUGAAAGAUAGCAGUAGUCUUCUAAUGUUUGGAGGUGAAACUAGCUGCAGUUCUUCUGAUGGGAGUUGCAACAACCAGAUCAGCCAUGUCAAGGAAAUAGAGUAUGAAUAUGGUGCUGGUAGUGGUGGUGCAAAUACAACUGAUCAAAUGGGUUUACAAAGUUAUUUCUACAAUGGGGUUGAAGAAAGCCAGAAAUUACUAGGUAGCGGUGGUGGUGGGUGGGGUGAGAAGCAAAAUGGAUUGUGGGGAGAAAAUCCAAUUAUAGACUAUGGUCUAGAAGAGAUUAAGCAGCUUAUUAGCACCAGCAGUUGUAGCAACAACUUUUUGUUUGAAGAAAGCAAGACAACGGAGGAAAGAGUCAUGUACUAUUGAUGCUGACUGUGAAUAAAAUCACAAGGAUUUGAACGGGUGAAAAAAAAAAGGAAAAAAGAGAGAGAGAGAGAGAGAGAGAGAGAGAAGGGGAUGGGUUUUGAAAGGUUUCAGAUUUGUUGGGACAUGGAUUUAGGUGUUCUUCCCAUGGGGAACUCUAUUUUUUUUUUUUUUUUUGACAGUGCAUGGUAAAAGCUUUCCUUUUAGCAUUUCUUUUUGGGAAAUGAUGUGUUUGUUGUAUCUUACUACUUAGUACAGUUAACUGCAAAAACAUUGAGAAAUAAAUAAAUGCCAUGGAAACUAGAGAAGCUUAUCAUCAUUAUA